GAGUUAGCUAGCAAUGGGAGCUGAAGCGUCAAAAGCAACGAACACACGCGAACUCUCUCAUAUCAGUCGCGAUCAAGUGGAAAGAACUGAGAAGCAACUUGCAAAUAGCACAAAGGGAAAUUCGCUUGACAGAGUUCAGUUCGAGAAAGUCUACGACAAACUACAACCUGCAGCUGCAGCCAUCUUUGGCGUCAUUGCUGAGAAAAAUAAGUGCACCCUCUCAAGUGUACUACGCUUGGCUGAUGAUUUAUUCGGUGAUGCAUCAUGUCAGUCUGCAGCGUUACUUAAGAUCUUUGGAUCGAUUGCACAGGCCCUAGCAGGGGUAGUGUCCAUAUAUGCUCGUCGUAAUCAUCUUAGCGCCACCGAUUCGGCCGCAAUGCUCGAUUUCUUGAUGCUAGAAGCUCCCACUGACGAAUCUUGCUUCGAGAGCUGGCUGGUGAGGAACACCGUUGCUGGUUCACUAAUCCUGAAUGUAUUUUCGCCGCUCAUAUUUGGUGAAGGCCCAAAUCUUCAUCCGAUCAAUUCUUCUCCAUCUAUGCUCAGUCACAGCGGAACUGUUAUUCUGAAUAUGCAGCUGCCUAGUAGUCGCAGGAAUGAGUGGACGCUGCUGUUUUCCAGCGAGCUUCAUGGAUCGAGCUUUUCUCAGAUGUCCAAGCGGAUAAAUGAGGAGGGGCCAUGCUUGGUUGUAGUGAAGUCACAAGAGCAAAGAAUUUUUGGCUGUUUCGCAUCUGCAGGUUUUCACAUGGGUCCAUUGUACCAUGGCGAUGCCACUUCUUUUCUCUUUGAAAUUCAACCACAUAUACGGAUUUACUCUGCAACUGGUCAUACACAGAACUAUGCAUAUCUGAACUGCCAGCAAGUCAGCUUACCCAAUGGACUGGGCAUCGGUGGCUACGAAAACAUCUGGCCGUUUUUCCUACACGAGGAGUAUGGGGAGGGAAUUACACUCGCAAACAUAAGUUCAUUCGAAAAGUGUCACCUGUCUGGAUCGGAUCACUUUGUGAUCAAAGAUGUGGAAGUUUGGCGCGUGGGAGAAAAACCAAGAGCGCCUCUACAAGAUGACGAAUUUGUUCGAAAUGAAAAAUCGGUGAUAGAUAAGGAUCCGGAAGCCAAAGCAAUAUUGGAAAUGACGGGCAAAACGAUGCACUCUGAAGCCUAUAGAGAGCCCGCACCGUUACUUGAUAAGGACACCUUAGUCGCAAAACCAAAGCGUCAGUGGUAACAGUGAAAGCUGAAGAUUGUGGGUAUGAAGAAAUAUACAGCAGAGAUUUUAAAACAUUGAAUAUACAGUAUAGACUUACUGCGUGUCUGAGUUUCCACUUUCUCUUAUUGUUAGAAUAAAAUUCCGUUCACGCUUUCACUUGCCUUAUUGAGCAUGUGUGUUAUAAUGCAUCAAUAAAG